CCAUACACAGACACACACACUCGCACACGCACACCGAGUCACUCCCCCUCGCACACCCUCGCCCCCGGGCCUCCUCCCGGCCGCUAGGCUAGCGAUCCUCCGCCUCUCUCCAUUCGCCAGCGGCUACGGCAGCGCCCAGCUCUCCGGCCUGUGGCCGGGGCAGCUCGCCCUGCCCGGACCCGCCGGGCACCAAGAAGCCCGCCCGCGGUCUUCUUCUCCAGAUCAUCCCCCCCCACCCACCCACGGCUCCGGCUCCCCGCUUUGCCUCCUCCUCCUGGCCCCGCCCCGCGCCCCCGCCGCCUCCCCCCCAGGGAGAGGGACCUAUCCAUCCAGCCGGUGGCCCGCUGGUCUCGGCUUCCCGCGACGCUGGGAUUGGCGGGGGCAGCGAGCGAAGGAGCAAGCGAGGCGGGCAGCCGAGGAGGGAGGGAGGGAGGGAAGGAAGGAAGGAAGGAAAGAAGGAGGAAGGGGGGCGCGCUGCCGAGCCCCGGGCGGAGAGGCGGCGGGGGAGGAGGAGGGACAGAGUGCCUGGCGGACGCAAGGAGAGAGAGAGCGAGCGAGCGAGCGAGCGGACUUCACCUCACCGAGGAGCACCGCGAACCUCUGUUCCACGCUCCCGGCGCCGAGCUGCUGGGGCUCCCUCCGCCUGGGCCAGACCCCGGCUCUGGGCUCCGGGCUGCAGCUUCCCCGGGAGCCCUGGGCGCGGGAGGGGCCGGGGGCUUUCUGCGCCCAAGGGGUUGCUGAGCUAACUCCAAGCUGGUGUGUGACUUUUCCAAGACACGGUAACUUGUCCUGAGAGCUGGCUUCACCAUGGCUGCUGGAGUCGCAGCUUGGCUGCCCUUUGCCAGGGCAGCAGCCAUUGGCUGGAUGCCUGUGGCCAACUGCCCCAUGCCCCUGGCCCCAGCUGACAAAAAUAAGAGGCAAGAUGAACUGAUCAUCCUCAAUGUGAGUGGGCGCAGAUUCCAGACAUGGCGGACCACCCUGGAGCGCUAUCCUGACACCUUACUUGGCAGCACAGAGAAAGAAUUCUUUUUCAAUGAGGACACCAAGGAGUAUUUCUUUGACCGAGACCCAGAGGUAUUCCGCUGCGUCCUCAACUUCUACCGCACAGGAAAGCUGCACUACCCCCGGUACGAGUGCAUCUCUGCUUAUGAUGACGAGCUGGCUUUCUAUGGCAUCCUUCCAGAGAUCAUUGGGGACUGUUGUUAUGAAGAGUACAAGGAUCGCAAGCGGGAGAAUGCAGAACGGCUGAUGGAUGACAAUGACUCUGAGAACAACCAGGAAUCUCUGCCGUCACUCAGUUUCCGUCAGACCAUGUGGAGGGCCUUUGAGAAUCCGCACACAAGCACGCUGGCCUUGGUCUUCUACUACGUCACGGGUUUCUUCAUUGCCGUUUCUGUCAUCACUAAUGUAGUAGAGACAGUGCCCUGUGGCACGGUGCCUGGGAACAAGGAGCUGCCAUGUGGGGAGCGUUAUGCGGUGGCCUUCUUCUGCCUGGACACGGCCUGUGUCAUGAUCUUUACUGUUGAGUACCUGCUACGGCUGUUUGCGGCACCGAGCCGCUACCGCUUUAUCCGGAGUGUGAUGAGCAUCAUUGAUGUGGUGGCCAUCAUGCCAUACUACAUUGGCCUGGUGAUGACCAACAAUGAGGAUGUAUCCGGUGCCUUUGUCACGCUCCGGGUGUUCAGAGUCUUCAGAAUUUUCAAGUUCUCCCGGCAUUCCCAGGGCUUACGAAUCCUGGGUUACACGCUUAAAAGUUGUGCGUCAGAGCUGGGCUUCCUUCUCUUUUCUCUCACCAUGGCUAUCAUUAUCUUUGCCACUGUGAUGUUUUACGCCGAGAAGGGCUCUUCUGCCAGCAAAUUCACAAGCAUCCCGGCUUCCUUUUGGUAUACCAUUGUCACCAUGACAACAUUGGGAUAUGGAGACAUGGUGCCCAAGACCAUCGCAGGGAAGAUCUUCGGUUCCAUCUGCUCUCUGAGUGGCGUCUUGGUCAUCGCCUUGCCCGUUCCUGUCAUUGUCUCCAACUUCAGUCGGAUUUACCACCAGAAUCAGAGAGCUGACAAGCGACGAGCACAGAAGAAAGCCCGCCUUGCCAGGAUCCGUGUGGCCAAGACUGGGAGUUCCAAUGCCUACCUGCACAGCAAGAGGAAUGGUCUUCUCAAUGAAGCCCUGGAGCUGACAGGUUCCCCAGAGGAUGAGCACCUGACCAAGACCACAUCACUCAUUGAGAGCCAACAUCACCACCUGCUGCACUGCUUGGAGAAAACUACUGGGUUGUCCUAUCUUGUGGAUGAUCCCCUGUUAUCUGUACGAACUUCCACCAUCAAGAACCACGAGUUUAUCGAUGAGCAAAUGUUUGAGCAGAACUGCAUGGAGAGCUCGAUGCAGAAUUACCCAUCCACAAGAAGCCCUUCGCUCUCCAGCCACCCGGGCCUAACUACGUCCUGCUGCUCCCGUCGAAGCAAGAAGACCACCCACCUGCCCAACUCCAACCUGCCAGCCACCCGCCUGAGGAGCAUGCAAGAGCUCAGCACCAUUCACAUCCAGGGGAGUGAACAGCCCUCACUCACGACCAGUCGUUCCAGCCUUAAUUUGAAAGCAGAUGAUGGACUGAGACCCAACUGCAAAGGAUCCCAGAUCACUACAGCCAUCAUCAGCAUCCCCACUCCCCCAGCGCUGACCCCAGAGGGGGAGAGCCGACCGCCACCAUCUAGCCCCGGCUCCACCACGAACAUUCCCCCCAUAGGCAGCAACAUCGUCAAGGUCUCCGCCUUGUAAAGCCACUGAGGGAAGGGCUGAUGGAAGGGCUGGUAGGAGGGAUGGGGAGGUGAAGGGAGCCUGUGGGGCCAGGCUGUUCCCUUCUCCUUCCCCUGCCACUCCUGCCUGUCCAGGUUGUACCCCUCGCACUGAAACUGUGCCUGCAAGCAGAAGGAGACACUACUGCAACCGCUCCCGGAGGGGACAGAGCCCUGGGCACCACUCCCCAACUCUGGAGACACACAGAGGCAGGGUGGAGAGGCAGGGGAUGGGGAAUUGGGGAGGGGCCGUGCGCCAGGCCGAGGCCUGGCGGGGCAUGAUGGGGAAGAGCCUCAGAUCAAACUAAUGAUUGUUUCUGGAGACUCCAGCAAGGAAAAUCUAAGAACAAGAGAGCAGCACAGAGGCCGAGAGAUCACACGCAAAACAGGAAGGAAAUAUUAACACUGUGUAUUUAAGCACCUUUUUCAAGGCUUUUAAUGGAUAAUAUUUAUUCAUGGGACAUGACUGAAAAAAAAAAAAAAAGGUGGAAAACAAAGCAGAAAAACAACAGAUUUUUGUGAAAUGUUUUUCUCCAUGGACCCAAUACCUUUAACUAAACCAAAACAAUGCAUUUUAUGAGUUUUUUUUUCCUCCUUUUAUAACAAAAGGCUUUAUGCCAAGAUGUCAGUUGUUACUGAGUUUUCUCUCCUUUCCCCACCCAAGGUGGGUGAAACUGGGCCACUGAGCCUCCCGAAGCCUGAGUGACCCACACAGUAGCCAUGUGACCACACUGCAGCGCUUGCUCUCUCCAAGUCUUAUAUCUUUGUCUCCUUGUCUCUUUGUACCUGGUCACUGCCGCUCCCUUUGUCUCUGUUCAGCUGUCUCUUUCUAUGGCUCUCAGUGCGAAUGGCUACCUUGGUCACUGCAGUACAACUGUAUGUGGUAAAAAUCCACCGCUAGUUAAUGGGAAAUUGUGCUUUAAAAAAACAAAAAGCAGAAUGAGGGAGAAAGCCAAGAAGAGACAAGAUGGCACUUCCUAAUCAUCUGCCCCACUGGUACUUCUGAAGUUUUGGUUGCAACCAAACUCAUUAGCCUAGGAUCUUGAAAAAGGAAAAAAAUCAUAUAGAGAAUCUUGUAUCCUGAUGAAUAGGAAAUAACAAAAAAUGGAAGAGACUCCAUGGAAGACAACUACUCUCCUGUUGUUCUGUUGGUACUGACCAUGCAGUCUGUCCAGCCCAGAGCCGGGAGCCUCUGGGAAGCUUCCCCUAGACCAUAUGUGAUGUGGUCAAGGGCCUAAGAUACAGCCAACUGGUUUUCGCAUCAGAGAACCUGACUUAAUAAGCUGAGCAAGGUUGGUCAUGUGUAUUCAGGAAUGUUUUAUUUUAGGGUGUGGAAAUCUGGAUGGCCCUUAGCUGGUCUGUCCAGUACCAAAGAGAACAGGUAAAGGGCACAUGUCCCUCUGAGCAAGCAUAUAAAUUUGGCUUUUCCUUGGAAAGCUGGACACCACUUUUAUGAAAGGGGAUAUCCCCCUGUCUUUUUCUAUCAGUUUCAGCAGAAAAGAGUCGAUCAGCUAACCUACAAUUUGAUUUUUCUCCAAGUUUUGGGCUCGAUAAGCUCACCCCUCCUAUUUCCUGGACUCCCUACCUCAUGACCACUAAUUCAGCUUGGUCUAUGAAGGAUUAAGAUGGUCAUGUUAUCUCCUCGAUCCCUUGGAGUUUCUCAGCAGUUCCUCCAAACCUACUGUCCAGCUAAGUGUUUAAUCACUCUUGCAGUUCUCCUGCCUCAGCCCUCUGUAGAUGAUUUCUUUGGUCAAGAACCUAAUUUUACCCUUAUUAGGUCUCCCCAUGACCCUGGCCCUAUAUACUUUUAAAAGGGGUUUCCCAGUUAGUUCCUAAUCACAGGAAAUGAAGAGCUUCAGAUAGGGCAAAGGAGAGGGAGCCUUUCCAAGCUCAUCUCAUUACGUACUCAUAGUGCUCCCAAACUGGUCCUGGCCUCAGGAACCCCAACAUGGAAAGAUGUUCCUGCCUUCUGAGCUUAGUGUCUUGGUGGGAAACAAAACAUUACUGCGUAGUCAUGGACCAUGGGUGUAUAUAUACAUCAGGGUAGCCAUGCAAACCUAAAUACACUGAAUUGUCAGUGCUUAAAAUUUACUAAAUAAAGGUAGUGUAUCAGUGAAGACAAGCAGAAGGGGUUGUAGAACAGGACAGUCUUCCAGAGGGCAAAUAGGAACUUAGCAUGAUUUUUAAGGGCAGAAAGGAAAUAAUUCCAAAGGUCUAGUAUCAAGUUAAAAUGGUCUGAGAGGAAAAGGUUGAAGUAAAGAUUGAUAUUGUAUAGCCCUUCCUUGCCUCGAUCAUUUUCAAGUUGUUGUAGCCAGCCUCCUGGUGAGGAUUCUCCUCGGAAGCAGCAGGCUGGUCGCCUGUGCCCAGUCUAAUACCCAGCCCACACUUGAAGCCCUCAAGCCGUUCUGGAAGAGCUUUUGAGAUCAUAGGCUUCUCUUUAUUUCGUGGGGAGGCAUCAGAAUAGUAUUUUCAUGAAGGCAAAUAAACACUGAAAAGUCAUCCUGGGUUACAAUGAA